AUGAGGUCACUAGGACAGAACCCAACAGAAGCAGAGCUUCAAGACAUGAUCAAGGAGGUUGACGCAGACGGCAACGGAACCAUCGACUUCCCCGAGUUUCUCAAGCUGAUGGCUAAGAAUAUGAAAGACACAGACUUGGAAGAAGAGCUCAAAGAAGCCUUCAGGAUGUUCGACAAAGACCAGAACGGAUUCAUAUCCGCCUCCGAGCUCCGCCACGUCAUGACCGAUGAGGAAGUCGAGGAGAUGAUCAAAGAAGUUGAUGUUGAUGGAGAUGGUCAGAUUAGCUACGAGGAGUUUGUCAAGAUUAUGAAGGCUAAGUGA